GCGUCCCCUACCAAGCCGCGCCCUCGGAGACCCCAAUUCCGGCCACGGGUUUGAACUUGGGAGGAGCGCGCCUGGGGUUCCCGCCCUGCCGGGAUCCACCACCCUCCCCACCGGGACCGCGCAGGCGCAGGCGGCCAAGAGUCCGACCACAGUCCCGGAGCCCCAAGGUUGCGCCGGUGCCAUCGCGGCCACUGCCACCGCUCACUAUGAUCCCGGGUCCCCGUCUGCUGCUAGCCACGGUGCUCUGCCUGGGGCUCGGCGCGCUCGUGUCUUCUUCGGGGUCCUCGGGCGUCCGAAAGCGAGGUCCCUCGGUGACCGCCAACGUCUUCUUUGAUGUGAAGAUCGGAGACAAAGAUGUGGGUAGAAUUGUGAUUGGCCUCUUUGGAAAAGUGGUACCCAAGACAGUGGAAAACUUCGUGGCUCUGGCAACAGGAGAGAAAGGCUACGGGUAUAAAGGAAGCAUCUUCCAUCGCGUCAUCAAGGACUUCAUGAUUCAAGGAGGGGACUUCACCGCUAGGGACGGCACCGGAGGUAUGAGCAUUUUUGGUGAGACUUUUCCUGAUGAGAACUUCAAACUCAAGCACUAUGGCAUUGGGUGGGUCAGCAUGGCCAACGCUGGCCCCGACACCAAUGGCUCCCAGUUCUUCAUCACCUUGACCAAGCCCACCUGGUUGGAUGGCAAACAUGUCGUAUUUGGAAAAGUCCUGGAUGGGAUGGACAGGGUUUCUCUGUGUAGCCUUGGCUGUCCUGGAACUCACUCUGUAGACCAGGCUGGCCCCAAACUCACAAAGAUCCACCUGCUUCUGCCUCCUGAGUGCUGGGAUUAAAGGCGUGUGCCCAGCUGUGACUUGAGUUUUUGAAGGUGAAUAAAUUACAUAUGGCAUGGUAUUUUAAUUGCUAGAAGCAUCAAAACAGACACUGAAGAAGUUAGGUACUUUAGUUAAUUUAAGAAAUGUAACCAAAUAAACUAGGGACCGAAUUAUGUAUUCAAUGAAAUAUUAUUUGGUAUUAAAAAGGACAUUUAAAUGCGUGCUAUAACGCAUAUAUAUACGAUCUGUUUGUCUGUUUGUUAGUCGGUCUUUCUGUCAAUCUAUCUAUUCACAUAUACUUUGAAACCCUAUCCAGUCACAAAAAGAUAAAUAGUGUAUGAGUUUAAUUAUAUGAGCUAUUUAGAGUGGUCAAGUUCAUAGAGAUAGAAAAAAUUGACAGUUGCCAGAGGUGGGGAGAAAGAGGUAUUUAAUGAAUACAGACUUUAGUUUUGCAAGUUGCCAAACCUGUGGUUGCAUGCAUGUAACUACUACUGAGGUAUGUAUUCAUUUUGUGACUUUUCUUGGGAAGAUAUGGACAAACAUCUAUUCACCAUAUUGUACCAAUGAAAAACCAAGGGAGUGUGACUCUAUCAAAGUCCAACUUGGUGAACCAAUGAAUUUAUUGGGGUUUCUUACAGGAGUCUAGGUGAGAGGUUACUUACAGGAACAUGGAUGACUCAAAGGCAACUACAUCACUGAAAAUCCCAUCCCAGCAUGGACAGCUAUUCAAAAAAGCUACAACUUUAGAGCUCUGUGCAUGACUUCCUAGCAACUUAGCUGUCUUAAGAGACCUUUUUACCCACAAGUUAUUCCUUAUAUAACUUUGGGGAUGUACCUUGUGAAUUUUGUAAAUUUCAGGAACUUUCUGAGAUUUGUGAAUUGUUUACUCCUGAAUCUUAAGAAGGCUGCCUCUAGAAUGGAAAUGUUUUGAUAUAGAGCAUAUUACUAUACGAUAGUCCUUAAAAAAUGUUACAUGUUUCUUACUACAAUUAAAACAAAAUAUUAGCCUGCAGGUGGUGCACAACUUUAAUCCCAGCACUUAAGAGGUAGAGGCAAGCAGAUCUCUGAAUUUGAGGCCAUCCUAGUCUACACAGUGAGUACUGGGCCCUGACAGAGAUAUAUAGUGAGAGCCUGUCUCAGAAAUUAAAUUAAAUUAAAUUAAAUAUUAUAGCCAAGUGUGAUGGUGCAUGACUGUAAUCCCAAUACUAAAGAGGAGAGGAAGGAAGAUUGUGAUUUCAAGACUAGCUGUGCUAUAAAGGAAGUCCUAAGCCAGCCUGGGCUAAAAGCAAUCUUGUCUCAAUAAUAAGUAAACAAACAAAUACUUAAAAAAAAAAUCCUGAGCUGUGAGGUGGUAGCAAAUGCCUUUAAUCCCAGCACUCCAGAGGCAGAGGCUCUCUGAGUUUGAGGCCAGCUUGGUCUGAGUGAGUUCCAGGACAGCCAAGGCUACACAGAGAAACCCUGUCUUGAAAAAAAAUCCUGAACUUAGCAUGUGAUGCCAUCCACAUACUAAGUUACUAUAAAGACACAGAUUAUAAUAACCAGAAAUUAUUAAGAGGACCCAAAUCUACAUUGUUAGUUAUUCACUGAAAAAUAACAAAGAGAUCCAACUCAUAACUCAUUUCUGAAAGUACUCAUUCUUCUCAACUCUCCUAUAGCUUCCCAGAACAUCUCUCUCAGCCUCUGCCAAGUGUCCAGAUAUCCUGGUUAGCUUUCCUAUUGCUGUGAUAAAACACUGACCAAAACCACUUGGAGAGUAAAGGAUUUGUCUUAGUUAGCAUUUGUAUUGCUGAUACACCAUGACCAAAAGCAGAUUGAGGAGGGAAGGGUUUAUUUGGCUUCACUUUCAAGUCACUGUUCAUCACUGAAAGAAGUCAGGACAGGAACUCAAGCAGGGCGGGAACCUGGAGGCAGGAGCUGCUGUAGAAGCCAUGGAGGGGUGCUGCUUACUGACUUGCUCCCCAUGGCUUGCUCAGCCUGCUUUCUUACAGAACCCAGAAACACCAACCCAGGAAUAGUACCAUCCAUAAUGGGCUGGGACCUUCCCAUCAAUCACCAAUUAAGAAAAUGCCCUACAGUCAGAUCUUAUGGAGGCAUUUCUCAACUGAAGCUCUCUCCCCUUCUGUGACUCUAGCUUGUGUCAAGUUGACAUAAAAUUAGCCAACAGAGGAUUUAUCAGACUUCCAAAUUAGAGUCCAUCAUCCAGGGAACUGAAGUAGAGGCCAUGGAGAAAUGCUACUUACUGGCCUCCUCUCCAUGGCUUGCUCAGCCUGCUUUCUUAUAUCAUCCAAAAUCACCUGCUCAUAUGGGCUGGGCCCUUCCACAUCAAUCAUCAAUGAAGAAAAUGUCCCACAGACAUGCCCACAGAUGGAGGUUCCCUUUCCCAGGAGACUAGUUUGUGUCUAGUUGAAACACAAAGUAGCUCAGUGACCCUGGCUUCCCUUCCCUUUCGUUUUGUGGCCCAGGGUCUCAUUUGCAUGUGAGUUGCUCUGUGUCAUCUGAGUUUACACAGCUCCCCACGAGUUGUGGUUCUCUCACCCAUUUCUACUGCUAUCCUGAUCCCCGCAACCAAAGGGCAGGAACUGAGCCGCACCCUGGAGAACUCAUCAGAAAUGACUUUCUUGGUCACAGAGCGCUCCCUCCUUCACUGUGACCCUUAGGUUCACGGGCUUGAGAGGCCCUCCAGGGCCCCUACUACUUGGCAUUGAAUUACAUCCAUAGCCUGCAUUAGUAUGUCUAGACGAGGAUAAGGGUAGAGCUGAAACCAACCCGAUGAACCCGAUGUUGAUAAUUACAAUAACCCCAUGUUAAUGAUUACAAUGGGUUGUAGCAGUUCAAUUGAAAUAUCUUUUAUUAGAGCUAUGGAUUUACAAGACUAGCUGAGCCUUUUUCAAAUGUAACGUGCUUAUUAUUAAAGAAACAGGGAAAUAUAUGUUAUCUGAGUUUCUGAGAAACAAACACCUUUAUUCUCUCUGAGUGGACUGAUACAGCUUGUGUGUGUAUGUGUGUGUGUGUGUAUACAUAUAAUAACACAUAUAUACAUAUAAUACACACAUACCUUAUAUACACAUACACAUUUAUUACAUGUACACCACACACACACAUAAUUAUAUAUAUAUAUAUAUAUAUAUAAUUGCAUGUGUAUGAAUGUGUAUAUAAAAUCCCAGGAUAAUCUCCUAGGUGCUCCACUCCCAAUGGCAUUGUUUUGAAGAUUGAUAGUAGCAGAUAAGGAGAAUGCUGGAGUUAUUUGCAAAGCAGCGCUCCUCAGCUUGCAUGGUUUUACAAUGAUGAACCAUAUGUCCCAGGGCUGGGAUGUGGCUCAAUUGAUAGAUACUUACUGACCAGAUAGGAAGUGCUAAGUUUGGUCCUCUGUACCACUUAAACCUGUGGUGGUGGUGCACAUCUGUCAUCUCAGCAUGUGGGAGGUGGAAGCAGGACUAUCAAAAGAUCAAGGUCAUCCUCAGCUACGUAGCAAGCCCUAGGCCAGCCUGAUAUUCGAGACCCUGUCUCAAAAGAGUAAUAACAGCAAACAUUUCCCAUUUGUGCUUCUGGAAUUGGACUGGCUGUUCCUGUGAAUCGUCAUAGCUACUAACCCCCAAUGAGCCACAGAUCUCCUGCUUUUUUUCUCU